AUGUCGGUAGCUGGGUUAAAGUACGACCCUGUACUUAGCCUUGACACCCCAGCAGAAACCAAGUCAGGAAGCUACAUUUACAGCGGCUCCGCAGCGUCCUUCCACGACUGGGAGUUUCGCACACGUGCCCGUGUCUCCCAGCAUCGUGAGAGGCAGCGUCGAGAGGUCUUGAAAGACCUUCGUUCUAGCCACCAACUCAGCCGUUCUGCAUCCCCACGAAAGUGGGUAGGUGGCGGCAUAAGAUCCCCGGACCGUCACACAGGUGAUGAGAGCAGUGGAAUGGCAGCCAGUCCUUCAAGUGCCCCAGGACGCCGGCGCGGCCGCCAGGCCGGUGCGGAGUCCAUGUCGUCAGGAGACGGUGGCGAAGAAGAGCAACAGCCACAAGAUUAUGAGGUUGAGGACGACGGACAAGCUUCGGUAGAGACUGAGCCUGUUCCCACACUCGCUUCGGUCCGCGAUAGUGAUCUUGACAUGUCUGAUGCAGUUCAGAAGACGCUGGAAGGCCUCCGUGGCGACGCCUUUCUUAUCGCCCGAGACAUAGGUCUCGAGAGGUUGUUGAAGCACGACGGCAUUGAUCUCCUCAUUCAGAAGGUCAAAGACCAAGCAUUUCCCUUGCAGGGGGAAGAGGCAUCGGAAUUGUUCAGGCAAGGCCAGUUGCUGACGGGUCCCUUGUCUAAACAAUCAGGGGAGCCGAUGUUGUCUUACAUUUCCCGGCGAAGGCGCUGGUGGGUUACCCUAAGGGAAUUGGACCCAGAAGUCAGGUUGUCAGAAGCCAUGCGUGCCAAUCUCCUCGUGGAACUGUCUGGUUUGUCGCGCCAAGAGCAGCUCAUGGUGCGCGCCGCAGCACAGGCCGAGACAGUAGAUGCGUAUGCGCGCGUAUUGAUCAAGCAUCAUAGUGUUGUGCAUAUGCGUGAACGCUUGCUCGUUGAGAAAGACAAGCCUGUCGCUAGAACAUGGUCCAAGCCCCGGUGGGAGAAUACCUCAUUUCAGCAGAAGCCUCGGUACGGUUACAUGACACAAGGUUUCAUGGAGGAUGACGAGUAUGAGUACCAGGGGCUAGGAAGUCAGGCCUAUGUAGCCGAGGAGCAUGAGGUCGAGGAAGACGAAGGCGAAUGGGUUGAUGACAGCGCAUUAGCCUUGGCUCUCAAUGCAUAUACAGCUAUGCAGACAGAGCUUGGAGGCGAACCAGGCGAGGAGCACGCCGAAGCAUUGCAGCUGGCAUACGCAGCCCAAACCACACUUGCCAAUGUGAAGGGUAACAAAGGUGCAGAGAAGUCCGCCUCACCCGGGAAGCCCGGGAUGGCAUCCUCCUCACAAGCCUACCUUGCCGCACUGAGUGACGCAUCGGACGAUGAGACCCCUGCCAUUCACCUUUCCAACACUUCAAGAGACAUGGAGGGCUAUCCCGCUGAAAGGAGCGGAGGACCCUCAGAGCGUCCUCGUGUUCGCAGAUCGGAAGCCACUGCCAUGCGUGACAGCCCACCGCCAGGAUCUGACACCUUGUUCACUUUCGGUCAUCACAAAGGCCUGACGUAUGAACGAGUGCUACACACCUAUCCUGGGUAUGUCCUUUGGGGUCAAACACAGAAGUGUCCUUCCAAGUGUUUGGGUGAUUUCCUGAACUGGGUGCAUGAGCAUUGUGUGGUAGAAGACACGGACCCCAUAGAAGUGCGUAGAAGAGACAUUCCUCUUAGUACGAUGAUGCCCCCAACUUCCGUUGCUGACCGCGCAGCCAACGCUGAAGGCACCGCCUCAUCCAGUACCGGUUUCCGGCCCAAGUGCAGGGGUGGUUGUAAGACCUUUAGCAAGACAGGGAGCAAUUCGUACAUAGACAUGCGCACAUGCAAGUCCUGUGGUACGGUAACCAAGACUCGCAAAGAACAGGUUCAGGUCGACCCUACCACAUGCACGCAUGCCCAGGUAGAUCGUUCAGGUUCCAGCAAGACAACCAGCCGAAUCAAGUGCAAGCUUUGCGGCAUGAUCCUAGAUGAACUGCCCCAAGAAGAGAAGAAAGCUAGGGACGCAGCCGCAGCACAGCUGCGAGACACGAACACCCUAGACUUCGACAUGAUGCGCUCUAUAGUGGGCAGAACAGGGGAUCGAGUGCCUGUAGAAGUGGUCGUACCAGCCCUUGAACAGUUCAAGGAGGCAGUUGAGGGUCACUUCGUCACCGAACCUUCGAUAACGAGGGGAGACUUGUUUGCCUACCUUCAAGAGGCUCUGGACGAUCAUGCGGAUGAUGCGAGCCCCACGAGCGCGAGUUGGGAGAUGGCUUCAUCGGGAAGAAGGCCCGGUACAGCAAUGGUUGCCAUGCUUGCCGAACCACACGAGGGAGUCACAGACACGAACCCCAGUUUGAGCAAACUCCCCGUGGUUAACAUUCGCACAUCCCCACAUGUUUUCGCAGUUCUGGAUGAAGGGUGUAACUCAACGGUUCAUGGCGAGGAUUGGGGUCACGAGAGCAUGUCCAAGUAUGCGAGCUUUGGGUAUUCCACGAGGUUUGCGAAGGAGACUUCCAAGACCUUCAAGGGUUUGAGUGGUGAGAACACAAAUUUGACAGCAGCCAUGGCCAUCGCACCUUCACAGCGCCCCGCGCCUAAGGCGAGGCCUCAGCAGCUGAACUCAGAAACCUUCCCCACCGAGGGAGGAGACAAUCCCAAGCACGCCGCGGACAUUUUUACCUUCGGCUACAACUUCGAGGAGGCCGUCGAUAAGAUCCGCAACGCUUGGGAGCCACAGCAUUUCGCUGACAUGUUCAGUGAGAUGCGCUCGGCAGAGGCUACCCUUGAACUCGGAGGCGCAUUCGUCGGCAUCUUCUUUGACCUGACAUACUUGCCGAAUGCCAGGAGUUUGGGUCCUGAGCUCGCAGAUCGCAAGCGAGAUACAAGCCUCCGAGAUCAUGUGGGUUCCCACCCUUCUAUAAUGAAGGCGAUAGCUGCAGACCCUGGAUUCCUGCAACACUGCAGAGCCAUUCGUUCCAAGGUGAAGAAGUCAAUGGAGCAGGGCUACCAGGCGAUGAACAUUAGCGUUGUCUGCAAACAAAACCGGCACCGUUCCGUGGCAGGAGGCAUCCUCAUUGAGCACAUGCUACUUCGCGUUGAAGGACUUCAUGUUUCCAUGCAGCAUUGCAACAGCGAACAGUCCUGGCCGCUCAUGGGUGGAUCUUGCCGCGGGCAUUGCAGCUGGUGCACACAUCGCACAGACGAUGCGAAGGCGGCCUACGAACAGGUGUUAGCCGACUUCAUCAAGUAUCUGGAAGGCGAUGUCAAGGAGAACACCACAUGCAUUUUGCACUGCGAGUCAGAGCCUGAAAGAGCCCCGGGCACAGCUCCGGAGGAAGUUACUGAUCUGGACGCAGACGAUGAGGUGGAAGAGGUCCCAUCAGAUCCGCUGGAAGUAGCGCCUGGAGAGGGAGAGUCAGCAUCGCAGGCCGCUACUCGAUUGGGGCUUCGUGGCAAGCAGCACACCUCCUACGUGGCGAAGUGGGACCCAAGCUCCCUGACAGGGAGGCUUCAUCAGCAAGCGGGCUCAGGUGUGUUCACUGCCACCUCAAGUCAUCUGCCAGUUCAGGCCCAGGUACAAACCCUGGAGAGAAAGUUAGCGCUGCGCGACAAGGAAGUCGAGUCACUUCGAAGCAAGCUCCGGGACGCCGAGCGGGACAAGCAGGAGGCGGAACGGAGAGCGGAGCGUGCAGAACAGCUCCUGCAAGAUGCCCUUGCCCAGUUUGGUGGUCGUUCCCGCUCCCGACAUCGACACCAUGACCGAAGGGCAAGGAGCAGUUCAAGUGACUCCCGGAGAAAGGUCCGGAGGGAGAGAUCAAGCCACCACGAUGAUCACAGAGCGCAGUCUUCCCGCCGAGAGUCGUCUUCUUAUCGUGAUCGUGACCGUGAUCAGUGGCACCCCAGCAGCAGCUACCGCGACACCGCUCGCGAGACCUCCUCAUACGACCAGAACCAGUGGGAUGCUUGGGAUGAUGAGUGGUCCCGAGCUGGCGAUUGGGAUCAUCAGGCUCCGCCCGAGCCACCCAAGCCACCUGUGAGAAGAUGGCGGGAGCUCAAGAACUACUUCCAUGAUCCGGCGGCUGACAACUCUAACGCCGCCUGGGCGCAGUGGAGGAAGAGUCAGGGCCCCGCACCGCCGGGAGAGGGCAAACGCAUCAAGUUGGAUCCGGCAAUCCUCGCUUUGGAUCUUACGGAGAUUCCAACUUCGGACGACGCCAGCCUUUCGUGGAACAGGCGAGUCCUGGUCGACCUGCUCCCGGACCAGGUGAUGCACGAGUUCUGCGGCCUUCUGUAUGGGCGUCCGAGUCCGGCGUUGUGGAUUGGCCCUUACAUGCCCAAGUCCUUCUCCACUCAGGAUCUGGAACACACGGACAAGUCCGAGCGCCACAACUUCAAGGUGACUGCCGUGACCCCUCACACGAGGGAGGGAUACAAGCCUUGUGGGAAUGUCAAAGGCCCUACACCGAUCGGGUGGCUGUUUCUCAACGACAACCCGAAGAACAAGGGCGGCGUGUGGAUCCCACAGGGGACGGUGUGUCCUCCCGGUCACAGUACCGAGGAUGUUUGCGGUGAAUUCAAGGCCGAGCAAGUGUGCCCAACCGAGCCUCCGCCAAGUGGAGGUGCGUACCUUGUGCUUUGGUUGUAUCCAAAGGCCUUUGCACCGGACACAGUUCCGAAGACCCUUGCAGACCGCGAUGAGCUGAGCGCAUAUAUGGCGUCAUUGCAGGGGGUUAAUGACUUUGGGGAGUUCAAGCAGGUAAGGUUCGAUGCUGAGGAUUCCGACGAUGAGUUUGAGCUAAUCCCUGCACAUGAUGGUCCCAGAGCAAUUACCCGUGUGAUCAGCGAGACCAUUGCCAACCUGGAGACAGGUGUGCCCGGUCUCAUAGUUCUGAGGGUCGACGCUCCCACCGAGGAGUUGUGUUUAGAGUGUGAGUGCCUAGCUGACACAGCUGGAGUGAGCAUUGUCUUGGUGAGCCCCUAUGGAUGCCCAACACUCGAAAGUACUGUCGAGGUAAGAGGAGACUUGAAUGUUUCCGGGAUAGGGCCAAACAUCGACGAUGCACUCCAGGUUUUGUCCACAUGGACCGAGAGCUAUGGCAUGAGCCCCCGUUGCUAUGCGGACACGGAAGAACAUGAUUUCUGGGCCACAUGUCGUGACAUUUCACAGGAGCUUUACCUGAACUCUUACACACGCAAUUGCUUUGUAGGAUCGGAAGGUCUAGGUUCCGACAUGGAAGAUCAGGUACUCCGGCAUCGGAGGAAGAACGCAGAGCAGCAUGGCGUUCGUAAAGUCCUGGAGCAGGUCCUUAGGCAGAGCAAGGCAUCCAAGGAGUUCAUCCUAGCUGCCCGCCUUCACAGAUGUAAGGCCUGCCUAGACACUGCACCAGUUCCGCGACAUCAUCCAGUCUCAGGGGAAUCGGUGUUUCCGAAAGAGUUCAAUCACACACUUGGCAUAGAUUGCAUGGAAGUAAAGGAUGUCGAUGGUACCCGCUACACUGCAGUCAACAUGGUCGACAUGGGAACCAGCUUUCAACAAGUAGCCCUGAUAAAGUCAGGAGGUGGCAAUCCCAGCGCGCGGCAGUGUUUGCAGGUUUUCAUGGAGCGAUGGGUAUCGUGGGCAGGACAUCCACAGCAUGUAGUGGUUGAUAGGGGAACGCAUUUCAAGGGAGAGUUUGCAAGUUACAUGGGACAACAUGGGAUUCAUCUCCGAAAUGCACCCUUAGAAUCUCCGCAGACCAUAGGGAAGGUCGAAAGACAUGGUGGUUUGCUCAAGGCACUGGUAAGAAAAACAGUGCAGGAGAUUCAGCCCUCGACUUGGGAGGAUAUGGUCAUGGUGGUCAGUGAAUGUGUGACUACAAAGAAUGACCUGUCCAGACAUCAAGGUUUCAGCCCAUCACAGCAUGUGCUAGGCAAGCGACCUAGGACACCAGGUUCAGUCAUGGAUGAGGAUGAGAGCAUGGGACCUUUGUUGGCCCGUUUCGAUGAGACCACUCCUUUCUAUUCCCGACAUAGAGCCCGGGAAGAAGCCCGCAAAGCCUUCGUGCACUUGGACUCGUCCAGGAAGGUUGCUCGUGCAUUGCAAAGGAAUGCAGCUCCCAUGGACAUGGAGUACCAGGUGGGCGAUUUAGUCAUUUACCGAAGGGACAAUUUGCCCGGUUCAACUUCCACUGUGUGGUCAACUGCAAGCCGCGUGAUAGGGCGCGAGGCAGAGAAUGCAUAUUGGUUGCUGCAUGAGGGUGUGCCUGUGUUGGUCAAUGCCAGAAAGAUGAGGCCUGCGGAUGAGGUCGAAGUAGCUGCAUGUCGAGUUCUGACUGGAGAACCCGUUCUGCCAGGUUCCAUUGUCCACGGUCCAGAGCAACGUUAUCUCGACGAAAGAGAUAAGGAUCCAGUAACAGCGCCUUCUACCCCCAGACCGAACACUGGCUUAGCGUCGGCUCCCUCUACUCCCAUGAGAGUCGCAGCGGCCGAGAGUCCCGCCAUCACAAGCAAGGAGAUUUCGCCCAGUGAUAAGACGGGCAGGGAAAGAACUCGUUCCCCGCUCAGACAAAGCUCCAGCGCGCUGAUGGCUGAGGCGCAGGACACCGAUCCUGUAGAAGCAAAGGCAAGCGAGCUCCUGGAAGCAAUGGCCUUCGAGACGAGCCACUGUCUCGAGCUACUCAGGUUGUGCAAGGAACACAAACCGAAGAGGACGAAGAGAGCGAUGUUCCAAGAUGCAACUGAUGAUGAGCUUGCCGCUAGUUUCGGUGUUUAUAGGCACGGUGGUUUUGUUGGGAUUUCUAAUCCUACUAAGCAGCGCCCGUGUUUUGUGACCUACUUGAACCGCUUCCUGAGGCACCACUGUGAGAAGGCAGGCUACACCGAGUUCACUUGGAAUGGGAUCCAAGUAAGCGAAUCGCGGGCAAGUUUGCACAAAGACAACUCCAAUUUGAAGGGGUCGCUCAAUUUCACCAUGAGUUUGGGAAAUUAUUCGAAAGGAGGUCACCUGUGGAUAGAAAACCCUGAGGGGAACACAGUGAUUGACGUUUGUGGCAACCUUGUUCCCGGGACUCUACACACCACUCGAGGCAAGGUCCUUCGUUUUGACCCAAAGAAACUCCAUAUGGUGGAACCCCAUGAAGGGCAGAGAUUCAGCAUCAUUGGAUUCACUAUGAAUCACUUGGGAAAGUUGCGCGCAGAUGAACACCAGAUGAUGGAAGACUUGGAAUUCCCACAACCGCGUAUUCCAUCACCCCAAGUAGAGCAGCCCCGUCAGGAGGAGCCUGAGCGAGCAGACGACAUGCACUCCUCAGACGACGAGGAAGUUGGAACAGGUUUCCUAGCCUCACUUUUGGACUACCACAACAGCCCGGCCGAGGUGCAAUUGGGGUUGGACGAGGCCAUGCUCGCGGAGUGGGCCAAGUAUCAGGAAUUUCACGCUGUGAUACCUUGCUCAAAGAAGCAAGUGCAGGAGUUGCUUAGCCAAGGACACAUCUGCGUGCCCACCAAGUGGGUUCUCACCGACAAACAUGAACAUUUGAAAGGCACCCCCGGCUAUCGUCCCAAAUACAAAGCUAGGCUAGUCGCAUGCGGGAAUUUCGAGCACAUCUCCACAGGGGAGGACAUUCGUGCAGAUUCCCCGACAGCCGAGCCUGAAGCACUGGCUUUCAUUUGUUCCUGGGCAUCCUCACUCGGUUUGCGAAUCAAGGCAGCCGACAUCACGAACGCCUACUUUCAGGGUAAGCCGCUCGAGAGAUUGCUGAUCCUCAAGGCUCCUAGCAACCCCAAGGGCGUUCCGGACAAGGAGAUCCAGGAAUCCGGCUACAUGAUUGCCCGUGUCCCAGUGUAUGGAACGACCGACGCCGGCCGAAACCUCUACCUUCGCAUAGUCGAAGAGACAAAGUGCAUCGGACUGAAAUCUUCCCAGAUCAUGUCCGCGUUGUACUACGCGCACGACACAAGCGGCCGGCUGUGCGCUAUGCUGUGCACUCACGUGGACGACUUCUUCUGGGCAGCGUUCGGUGAGGGCGAGCUGAAGAUCCAGCAGUUGCUGGACCACUUCAAAAUCGGGAGGAUCGAAGAGGGUAGCUUCAGGUUCUGUGGCAGAGAAUACGCCCAGCACCCCGAUGGCACCAUCGAGAUCAACUCAAGGGACAACACGCGUGCCAUCGCUCCCCUCGAGAUCCCCAAGGGUGCAAAGUUGACGACACCUGUCACACAAGGACAGAGGACGGCGCUUCGGUCCGUCAUAGGUUCACUCGCGUGGGUGGCCCGGGCUACAAGGCCCGACCUCGCGCACCGCGUCAACGCGUUGCAGCAGCGAGUGACCGUCGCGACCAUCGACACGAUGAGAGAGGCCAACCGUGUGGUCGCACUCGCCUUGGGCGACGCAGAGCGCAGCAUCGUGUAUCGCGCCAAGAUACUGCCGUGGAGCAGUGGCCCCCUCGCAGUAGUCACGUUUUGUGACGCCUCUUUUGCUGCUGAAGCUGGGUACAAGUCCCAGAGGGGGAGGUUGCACUACCUCACUGACGCGGAAACAGCACGCGACGUGAACGCACCCAAGCACAAGCUUCACCUGGUUGCAUUCGGUAGCUCUACGAUGAAACGAGUCUGCCGUGCGACACUACAAUGUGAAGCGUACAGCCUGCAGCAUGCCACCGAGCACGGAGACAGGAUCCGUGCGACACUCCUAGAGUUGCAAGGCAAACUGCCGUCACUGCAUGACUGGAGCGAAGUAGCGCCGAGAAAGAUGCUGCACCUGCAGUACUCCGACUGCAGAUCGCUCACAGAUCAUUUGCUGUCGUCGGUACCCAGACCAGUGGAAGACAAGCGUCUUGCUAUCGAAAUGACAGCAUUGCGCCAAGCACUGUGGGUAGACGAGACACCGACGAGCGAAGCCUUCGCACCAUUCGGUGACAUCCUGCGAUGGAUUCCAACCCACCUUCAGUUGGCUGACUGCUUGACCAAGAGUAUGAAGCCCAAGCUUCUGAACGACGCCUUGGAGAGCAACGAGGCCGUUGUGAGAGAAGAAGCUCCAGCUGAGUGA